AUGGAGACUCCUGCUCAGAUGCCCUCCAUCGCCGUUGUGGCCUCGUCCCGCGCCGUCGUCUCCGGUCGUCUGACAUCGGCAACCAUCGUGAUCUCUCGCACCACCGGUAAGAUCACUGCAGUCUUCGACUCGGUGAUCUCUGCCACCGACUUCCCCGCGGGGACCCCAUAUACCGACUACUCCCCCAAUGUCCUGUUGCCUGGUUUGGUCGAUGCCCAUGUCCAUCUCAAUGAACCAGGCCGGACUGAGUGGGAAGGCUUCUAUACCGGCACCCAGGCCGCCGCAUUUGGCGGUGUCACCACCGUGGUUGACAUGCCGCUGAACGCCAUCCCCCCUACCACAACUGUCGCCGGCCUGAAGGAGAAGAUCCGGGCCGCUGAGGGCAAGUGCUGGGUGGAUGUCGGUUUCUAUGGCGGCAUCAUCCCCGGCAAUGCGGGUGAACUCAAGGCUCUGGUUCAGCAAGGUGUGCGCGGUUUCAAAGGUUUCCUCAUUGACAGUGGUGUGGAAGAAUUCCCAGCCGUCUCAUCGCAAGAUAUUCAAAAGGCCAUGGCGGAACUCGCCGACGAGCCAACGACCCUGAUGUUCCACGCGGAGAUGUUGCCUCCCAUUACGGCCUCUGUCGGUGACGCAGUCCAGACGUCCGAGCCGCCUGCUGCCCCCGCAGGUCCCCUGGAAGCCUAUUCCACCUUCCUCGCUUCCCGUCCUGCGGCGUUUGAGACCUGUGCCGUCCAAGAGAUCCUAUCCAUUGCCCACCUGGCUCCCAACCUCCCCCUCCACAUUGUCCACCUGUCCGCAAUGGAAGUGAUCCCCCUGCUGCGCGAAGCCCGUGCCAAUGGUGUCAAGAUCACAGCCGAGACCUGCUUCCAUUAUCUGUCCCUUGCCGCUGAGCAGAUCCGCGACGGAGACACCCGUCAUAAGUGCUGCCCACCCAUCCGUUCCCAAGUGAACCAGGAUAGCCUCUGGGAGGAGCUGGAACGCCACGCUGAAGACGGCGUCAUCAAGACCGUGGUCUCGGAUCACUCCCCUUGCACACCGGACCUGAAACUCCUCCCCACUCACAUCCCCGGCCACUGUGCUACAACGACCGGCGACGUCGAGAACUCCGGCAGUUUCUUCUCCGCCUGGGGUGGCAUCUCCUCCGUCGGCCUCGGUCUUCCCAUCAUGUGGACCGAGCUCAGCCGCCGCAAGGGCUUGACGUCCGCCCCCGACGACGCCAACACCAAGCGCGCCCUCCAGGACAUCGUGCGUCUGUGCUGCACCAACACUGCCGCGCAGGUCGGCCUGCAGACCCAGAAGGGUGAUCUUGUCCCCGGGUUCGACGCCGACAUCUGCGUUUUCGACGACGCCGCCGAUUGGGUCGUCGAGCCCAGCACCAUGCUCUUCCGCAACAAGUGCUCCCCCUACCAAGGCCGUACCCUGCGCGGCAUGGUUCGCGAAACCUGGCUGCGCGGCGAAAAGGUUUUCAGCCGAGACGAUGGAUUCGUGGGCAAGAACCCGGCCGGCCAUCUUCUGCUGGAGAAGCGGGUUUGA